GCGCCCGCCGCCGCCUCAGCCCCGCCGCGGCGCCAUUAUGGCGCAGGGGAAGAAGAAAUUCCAGCCGCGCCAACUGGGGAAGAAAUCCGUCGCCUCCGAGCGGCCCCGGGGCCCGAAGAAGGGCGGACGAGUCAUCGCCCCCAAAAAGGCGCGCGUUAUCCAGCAGCAGAAACUGAAAAAGAAUCUGGAGGUUGGGAUACGGAAGAAGAUUGAGCACGAAGUCAUGAUGAAGGCCAGCACUAACCUACCCAAGAAACUGGCGGUGGUCAAAGCUUCCGAGACGGGGUCCAAGAAGAAAGAAGUCGGGGGCUCCAGCAAGACUCACCCCUAGCCUGUGCUGGUGAGGAGGAGGAGGAGGAGGAGGAGGAGGAGGAGGAGGAGGAGGAGGAGGCGGCCUCCCGCGCCCUUGGCAUCAGGCCAAGUGGUCCACUUAAACACAUACGGCAGUCAACCCAGGAAGCAGUGGUAGUUAUCGAGCACUUACUAGAGAGAAUGCAGUUCAGUCGAGUUGGUAGACCCGAUCCCUGCCCUCGAGGAGCUUACGGUCUCCUCGGGCGUCAUGCUGCCGAGGGCAGGAGAUCAGGUCACCUCCCCAAAACUCCAUCGAGGAAAAAACACGUAUCUCUCUCUCUCCCCAAAAGUUACGAGCUGGCGGGGGGAGGCUUCGGUUCAGCCAGAGCAGAUUAUGUGCUUGAAAACUGCCUGCCUCCGGAAUCCCUGACCGGGGGGGUGAGGAUCGCGGGGAGUGGCUACGGAGAGGGCUGAGCCCUCAGGCCUCUCUUUCUCCAUCCAUCUUGCCGCUCCCACCCUCCCCCCCCCCAACCCUCCACUGACUCCCUGUAGACCCGGUCCCAGCUGCCUCCGUUUCACGUGCAAAAAAUAAAAUCGAGAGCUUCCUUA